AUGCCAGGAUUGCUUAUGAUGGAGGCGCAAGCCGCUGUGGACUCUCCGCAGGCGAAGAAAGAUCGCAGUCAUGCGCAAGACAGUGGCUUGAGCGCUACAAUGUCAGAGGGAAGCGCAGCGGUGCAGAAUGGUGCUAUCGUAGAGAAUGGAGAGAUUCUUACCACGAAUGGCGACCAUGUCAACCAGAAAGCGUCGACGCUCGGAGCAGAAGCUGCGCCCGAACUCGAUCAAGUGUGGAAGGAUACGCCUGCAAACAAGUCAUUCGGAACUCUUAUCGAUCGUCUUGCUCAGCAAUGCUUCGUGGACUUGAAUGACUGCCUGGGGAAGAUGUCAGAGCUCGGUGAUGGCUCCAACGGCAAUGCGCCACCGCAAGUAAAUGGCUUGGCACCGCAAGGAGCAUAUCUAGAUACUUCGGAGGUUAGUCGCCAAAAGAAGCGCAUACUCAUGGACUUUGCACAAGACCAACGCGAUCGUUUCACGAAGACACUGGUGCUCUCGGACUGGGCCCGGAAUGCCGACGGCAUAGCAAAAGUCCACGGCAUUGAGAGCUGGCAGCAAACGCAAGAUCGAUCUUACAGAUAUGCGCAAGAUGCGAUCGGUCUACUGAAGAACCGAGCAGUACAUUUCAAGACCCCAGCUCCCAAUAUCGAUGGAGCUAUGGAGGUGCUUGCAACUGGUUCCGUAGCAUCUGUCCCUGAUCUAGGGUACAUUCCGCCAAAACCAUUAAGUGCGAAGCAGCUAUUGAGCCUGCUCAAAGAUAUGAAUGUUGCGCUGGCUACACGAUUGACUCUGCAUGAGGACCUACCUUAUCACAUGCAGCAGUAUAGCAUUUCGAAUGGCAGGGUGACUUUCAGUGUACCAGGGGAGUUCGAGGUGGAUCUGACGGUGGCGGACGAGGAAGAAACGAGUCCAUGGUAUUUUAUCGACUUCCGGUUCCUGUUCUCGCCAAGCUCUAGCGUAUUGAACGAUACCAUGAGAGCCCAUAUCGAGCUCCAAGCUAAUGGCGCACUUGCUACCAAGGGGCUGAAAGGAUGCUACGAUCUUCUACACAAUUUUGUCCUCACCCACAAGAUCAACGUGCUGCGGAAUCAAGCGAUCGAGCUCAUUCGUGGUAAGUGGUUUGACUGCAUUAAAGUGGAGGGCCUGCGAAGAAGUUUCACGAUACAGUAUUGGACUGGUGUUCCUGGACCCAAGAACUGGAUCGAAAUUGGCAUCGUAAGCGGCAGGACACAGAAGAUGCACCCAGUAGCAUCAAGAAAGGCUACUCCACGGCUAUCAGUGCGCUGGUUUAGACGUGGCCAAGAAGUCCUAGACGAGUCGCUUGACAUCGAUUGGAAUGAGCUCGACGUCGAAGUCUGCUUGAUGCAAGUUAUUGGGAAGCACUGCUUCGGCAAGCUCGGCAUUACUCGCGAUGGACUGCAUGCAAUGACUGCGCAAAGAGGUGAAGACAGUAUCCUGCCCCCAGCUACACAAGGCUCUUUGAGCAAUUCAUCAUCAGAUUUCGGCCUGAAGGUGAAGCUCCCAUCCAUGGAGAAGUCUCUCGAUGUACGGUUGGAUCCAGUGACUGGCCAAUUCUCCAUUUCCCCACCGAGUACUGCCGCAGCACGCAGCGAAUGUGUGCUAAACUCGGACGCGACUAUCGAUGUAGCUCGCGUGCUCGCAUCGCUCAUCUGCACGACCGUGCAAACCAAAGUCUACAAGCAGGCAGAAAUGCUUGGAUGGCGACCUCUCCAGCCACAACCGAGUAUCAAAGACCACUUUGGGAAAGAUGUUUUGCAGCGGACUGUCUUUGGCGUACCAGGUUGGGGCGAUCAGUGGGCUCUUGGUGUCGGCUUUGGCCUGGCAGGCGAGAAGUGGUGGGCUGUGCAGCUUCAAUACAGCGGGUCGAAAGACCGAAAUCUAAACCCGCUCAAGGAGGUGAUUGUUGCACAUGCAGUCUCAGCGAGUAUCGCCAAGGGAGGACUCUCGGCCUCGACGCUGCUAAGCAUUGAGAGAUUGGCCGUCGUGCAAGCAACGUAUGCUGUACUCACGAAGCAGCUUCGGGAGAUGUCGGUUCCCUACACAAUCAGCCAGUCCGAAUCCGACCGCGAUGACGACAAUUCGAGUGCUGUGUACAUACACUUUUCGCCAUUCAUGCGUACAUCGCAGUCCUGGAAGUCAUGGGCGGCAGAGCCAAUACGGAUAUCACAUCUCGGCAUGGACGACGACGAUGAUGGGACUUCGGCGCAACUCGGUGCGCAAUCUUCUGUCCAGCUAGAAACAUCUCUUAGUCUCGAGAAGAAGAGGAUGACGCAGCUACGGAGGUACUUAUCGAGCUCCAAGGAGCAGCAUGUCACGCUCAACAGCACAGGCGGCAUGGCUGUCCGCCUGCGUGUGUCAUUCGGCGAACCCUUUGCGAACCAGAUCCAAGCACGACUACGCAGCGUGGAGGCCCUGGACACCCAGGUCUCGGCCCUCCACAACUUGAAGUGCAAGAUCACGCUUGCCAGCUUAUCUACAUUACACUUCACCUACAGCACCUCACCCGAGCUAUCCGCCGAGCUUAUCUUCAGCAAAACCGACGGCACUACGAGGCUGAGGCUGAAACCAAGUGGCUUCAAUCCCCAUCAACGCACCCGAGUCAUGCUGGAGCAGUGCCUGAACAGACGAGACGGCAACGGCUUUCGGCUGUUCGUGCGGGCCCUUCUGCUGACAUUACCUCUACUAAAUUGCUUCGAUCGGCUGGAAGAGGCGCACCUCGCUAAGCAAACACUCCAGAUCAGCAAGAGGGGUGUGACCUGGUUUCAGUUUGUUUAUAAGGUGCCACUUCCCGCACAGACGUUUGUCAUUCGUGCGAGGUCGAAGAUAUUGAACGGCAAGGCGCAAGUGCGGUGGCAUGUCGAGCGGUUGGCGAGGGAUACGAGUGGAUUGCCCGAAGAUCUUGGCACGGUACUGACGGCAUUCUGGAAUAGUAGUGGCGAGGGCUAUUUCGGCCUAGGAAACGGCAUCAUCGCAGACGCCAAAGGCAUCACCACCGUGCUCGAAAAGCUAGACGAGAUACUUCGCCAUUUCCGGACCCAAUCAACAAGCGGAGGCCGAGAAGCCGGCGAGCAACACUAG